UUAAAAUGACAAAAUAUAAAAUAAAUUGGUUAGUUCUUUAUGAAAUAAAAUAAAAUAAUAAUGACAAAAUUCUAGUAGACAAACAAUCUAGCCCGAUGGAAGAUGUUGUCGCUUGAAUUACCUACUUUUAACCCUUCUAAUGGUUAACGUAAAAUGUCGAAGGAUCUUAACAGCACUCCAUCUGAAGAAUAUACAUUGACUUCGAGGGGUUAUGCAUUAAUUAAGAAACUGGGAGAAGGAUCGUACGCCAAAGUGUACUUAUCGGAAUUUUCUAAAGGCAAAGAUAAGAAAUCAACUCAACUAGCAUGUAAAAUAAUCGAUACUGCGAAGGCACCGAAAGAUUUCGUGAGGAAAUUUUUACCGAGAGAACUGGAAAUUUUAAUUAAACUGAAUCAUCCGCACAUCAUUCAUGUACAUAGCAUUUUUCAGAGAAAAACUAAAUAUUUUAUUUUCAUGAGAUAUGCCGAAAAUGGCGAUUUGUUGGAAUAUAUAUUGAAAAAAGGCGUCAUUCCAGAAGGACAAGCCAGAGUGUGGCUUCGUCAGAUAGCAUUAGCUCUUCAAUAUUUACACGAAAUGGAAAUCGCCCAUCGGGAUUUAAAAUGUGAAAACGCGUUGAUUACAUCUAAUUACAACAUCAAACUCGCGGACUUUGGUUUUGCGCGAUACGUUAUAGAUAACCAUGGAAAAAAGAUAACAAGCGAUACUUAUUGUGGUUCCUUGUCGUACGCAGCUCCCGAGGUCCUACGAGGAAUGCCAUAUCAUCCAAAAAUAGCUGAUCUGUGGUCUGUCGGAGUAAUAUUGUAUAUUAUGUUAAAUAAAGCCAUGCCUUUCGAUGACAAUAACAUAAAGAGAUUAUACGAACAACAAAUAAGCCGUCGGUGGAGAUUUAGAGCGAAAGUGGCGGAUUCAUUAAGUGAACAAGUGAAAAAGUUGACAGCCAAUCUCUUGGAACCCGACACCACAAAGCGAUUCGUUGUUAAUCAAAUUUUAACGUCUGAUUGGCUGGGGAUGGAUCCUCGAUUGCUGGUUUUGAACGGAGCCGAGCAAGCGGCUCUACAAAGUGCCCAGGAAGAACGGAAAAAAAUUGUCGACGGGAAAAAGAAUGAGAAAAAGUUUGAAGGCAGGGAAGAGGACCUGCUUGUAUUUAAAGAGACGAGCUCCGAUAGAAAACCAAGUACUGCCGAAAUGAUGGAAACCGCCUCAAAACUGUAAACCAUGUGAAGUACUUUCGCGAAGUAAAAUGUACAUGUUGACAAUAAUGAAAUAUACCAAAAUAUAUUUAGUUUACAGAAA